AUGUCUGGAUACUAUCCUCCAAACCAACAUAUUCCGCCCCAGUAUUACAAUGUCAAUCCAAAUGCGGUCCCUAAUCCAAACAUUCAAAAUGUCCCACCGAUGACAACAGCUGAGGCUCAUAUCCCUCACGGUCUUCCUGACACCCCAAUUUACCAUGGACUUCCAGGUGCCUUUGUUCCUUAUCCGGAACCGCAGAUGCAACAGGCCUAUAUGGACCAAUAUGAGGAUAUCCCCGGAGUUAUGGGAGCCCCACCAGGCGGCAAUGGACGCAUGAGACGACGCAGUGCACCCGGGGACCAUGUGAAGCACCGCAGAACUCGAAGUGGCUGCUAUACAUGUAGGAAUCGGAGGGUCAAGUGUGACGAAAAUCAUCCUGUCUGCGAAAGAUGUCGCAAAGGUAAUCGGGAGUGUGUGUAUCCCGAGCCCCAAUCAGCCUCCAAAUCCGGCCGAAGUGGAGCAAAAUUAGGUCAGAAGUCUGGGCAAGAAAGUGGUUCGUCUCCAGAAGACCAGCAAGAAGACCUCAAGGAGCCACUAUCUGCGAUCCCUGACGACGACGAGGAGGUGGAGACCGAGUCAAACACUGUUUCAAACGCUCCGUCGAAUAGGGACCCAUCUGACACACCGUCGUUAACCCAUGGUCGAAGUCCUUCGCCGUCGACCGAAGCCUCUUCGACAAUAGCGAAUUCAAUGCCACGUCCUCCACUCUCCCGUUCCACCAGCAACCAAGCCACCAAGCAAUCUGCCACACCCAGCCGAUACAUUCCUGAGCUACCAAACGACGUCAAAUUCUAUCUCAAUUACUUCCGGAACCAAGUUUCCUUCCACCACUACGCCUUGAAGCGCGAUGGCGGCAAUUUUCUUCAGACUGCAUUCCUAGACAUGACCAUCAAGAAUGAGCCCCUUCUAUAUGCUGUGGUGGGAUUUGCUGCCUAUUACCACACACUCUCGAAACCAGACGGACGAAUGUCGAGCUUUCUCCAGUACUACGACAGGUCGGUGUCACUGUUAAUUGAAUCCCUUACGAAAAGCAAGAAGCACACCCUUGCUACAUUGAUGACUGUUUUACAACUUGCUAGUAUUGAGGAGGUCCUCGGUGACUGGGUCAAUCUUAUGGGCCAUCAGAAAGCGGCUUAUCAAAUCUUGAAGAAACUGUAUACGCCACAAACCAUCACGAAAUCAGAGCUUCUAAGGAAGGUGCUGUUGUGGUACGUUCGAUUUGACUUAUUUGUAGGAUUUCAGUCAGGCGCAGAAGCCGUCCUCGGCCAGGAAUGGUACGUUUCAAUCCACGACUUUUAUGUCCAUCAGGCCCGCGAGAACCCAGAAAACAUUACGCUUAAAUACGAAGAACGAUUUGCAUAUUCGCGACUCGUGGCCAAGGACUUCAACGAUCUCUUUGCGAGGAGGUCCAAAGGGCAGCUCACUGAUGAAGCCUUCAUGACGCAGUUGGGUGAGAUAGACCAGCGAGUUAAAGGCUUGGAUAAGAACAUUGAUCCUAUACUUUUCGAUCCUAGCGGUUAUAUCACAGACUUCUCUGGCACACCGGACCCCGACGACAUCGUUAAUCCUUAUGAACCAAACAUCAUUUGGCAAGGCCAGCAAUGGACAUCCAACUAUCUCUUGCUGGAUUCCUGGGGCAUUAUGUUUAUGUACAAUAUUCAGUGUUCGUUGGCCCUACGGAGACCGAUCGAUCCGGAUGUGGGUGAGAAAGCAUAUCGAGCAGCCCAAACCUUCGAAGCCGUCACCAUGUAUCCCAAAGCCCCACCAGGCGCGAUCAUCGAAGCACAAGCAUGUCUUGCUAUUGCAACGCUCUUCCUUCCCAAGGAUCCGAAGACCAUACAGUGGUGCCGCCGCACGUUUGCAAAAAUCGAGUCUGCUGGUUACAUCUACUCUACCACACUUCGUAAUCGAAUGCUAGAAGCUUGGGGGCUAGAGCCCUCUGAUUGGUGGUUGCCCAAUGACGAAGGCUGUCCGCCCAUCAUCCGUUCGAUCAAGAACUUUAUCUCUGACCGGACACAAGAACCCAAGGACCAGACUUCCGAGGAUCUGCGAGAAAUGAGGGGCAUCUUCAGCUCACUCAACAUCUCAGACUCGCCGUCAUCUGAUAGAACAAGUGACACUCCUAUCGAAGGCAUACUUGGAAGUGCGGGUGUACCAACGAAUUUAGAUGAGACACUCAUUUACACAGGCGGGUCUCCCGACUUUGCCUGGAGUUACGAACAUGAAAAGUUUGGAGGACAGGAUCCGUACACUACAGGCCAAUUCCCUGGACAAUGA